GCUCGCGAGGAGGAGGAGGAGGAGGAGGCGGAGCCGGCGGUCGCGGCCCCGGGUCCCGCAGCCGGGCUCCUGCCUCACAUGGGGCCCCCGCGCCGGCCGCAGCUGCGGGGCGGACCCGCGCCGGGGUGCUGAGGGGCCGCGGGUGCGGGAUGCGGCCAUGAAAGCCCGCGCCGCCCGCGGGCCCUGCAGGCGCCGCCGCUCAGGAUCCAACAAGAGUAGAGAAGACCGAAAAUUACCUAAGAUGUGAGAAGUCCUCCCAUAGUGAAAUAAAAUCUUGUUUUCAAAAUGGACCGAAGUAAGCGGAAUUCAAUAGCGGGAUUUCCACCACGCUUGGAGCGCGCUGAAGACUUUGAUGGUAGCACUGGAGAAGGGACUGCAUCCCAGCUAGGAAGAGUUUGUACCUCUUCAUACAGAGCCCUGAUAAGUGCCUUUUCCAGACUUACUCGUCUUGAUGAUUUCACAUGUGAGAAAAUUGGCUCUGGUUUCUUCUCUGAGGUGUUCAAGGUAAGGCACAGAACUUCAGACCAGGUGAUGGCUUUGAAGAUGAACACACUGAACAGCAACAGAGCAAACAUGCUGAAAGAGGUCCAACUAAUGAAUAGACUCUCACAUCCGAACAUCUUAAGGUUUAUGGGUGUCUGUGUGCAUAAAGGACAGCUGCACGCUCUUACUGAGUACAUCAAUUGUGGCAACCUGGAACAGCUACUAGAUGGCAACCAGCAUCUGCCCUGGACAGUGAGGGUGAAACUGGCAUAUGACAUUGCUAUGGGUAUCAGUUAUCUUCACUAUAAAGGCAUUUUCCACCGAGACCUUACAUCUAAGAACUGUUUAAUCAAACAUGAUGAGAAUGGAUACUCAGCAAUAGUUGGAGACUUUGGUUUAGCAGAGAAAAUUCCUGAUCACAGUGAGAAGUUACCAGUUGUGGGUUCACCCUUCUGGAUGGCACCAGAAGUUCUCAGAGAUGAGCCCUACAAUGAAAAGGCAGAUGUGUUCUCCUAUGGCAUAAUUCUGUGUGAGAUUAUAGCAAGAAUACAGGCAGACCCAGACUAUCUCCCUCGCACAGAGAAUUUUGGAUUAGAUUAUGAUUCCUUCCAGCACAUGGUGGGAGACUGUCCUCCUGACUUCCUCCAGCUGGCCUUCAACUGCUGUAAUAUGGAUCCAAAGUUGCGUCCUUCAUUUGCUGAUAUUGUCAAAACACUGGAGGAAAUGUUAAACCGCCUGAGAAAUGAGGACUCAGAGAGAGAUAGAAAGUUCUUGAACCUUGACAACAAUGAAAGAAAACCAAAAGGCUCAAUUGACAAAGGACCAGGAGUAAAACGUUUGAGUUCCUUGGAUGAUAAGAUCCCACCCAAGUCACCCCGUCCGCGUCGGAACAUCUGGUUGUCACGCAGCCAGUCGGAUAUCUUCUCUCGCAAACCUUCCAGGAAGAUCAACGUGCAGGACCCCUACUACACACCAAGCAAAGGGUUAGGCCGGAAAGUUAAUCCCUUCAGUGCCCGGGAGGACCUCAAGGGCGGAAAGAUCAAAUUCUUUGACAUGCCAAGCAAGUCUGUGAUUUCCCUCGUGUUUGACUUGCAUUCUCCAGAGGCAGGUGGAGGCCUGAAAGCCAGCCAGUCCCAGUUCCGGCAGGCGUAUAGCACAGACUGGCAAGACCUUUCCCUUCUUCCUGGGAGGAGAUGCAGAUCGCUUCCACUCUCUCCUGAGUUACCACACAAGGAAUAUGGCCUGUUUGGGGGACUGUCUUCAACUGUUGGCAGGUGUGACCCAGCCCAGUUAGGUGCAGAGGUUCGGCAAAAACUCUUGAGUAGCACUAAAUAUGGUGUGUCAGAGAUUCCCCCCUUUCACGCCAAGCCUCACAGAACAGAGUUUCUUCUUGCACCGGGACAAGAAGAGGAUAUGGACUGUUCAGAUGGGCCAAUGGCCCAGGAGGAAAAUGGGUUUUGCCCUGUUGAGAACACAUGUGGAGAUCCAGCAUGUGAUCCACCAUUAGUGCUGGCCCAGUCUGGGCCACUAUCUUACAAAAAGCUCCCAGCUGAGAAUUCAGUGAACUCUGAGGGACGUGGCUCCCCACAAGUGUUUGCAGGUUGUCUCCCUUCUGAAGAGAUGGAGGUAGAAGAUGACCUACUGAAAAUUACUCUGUUAGAGCCUACAAAGCCUCUGUUCAGUGUUAGUCCUCCCACCGAGCUGAAGAGAGAGGCAUGGCCCUUCAGGGAGCAGGAUGGGGACAGUCCUGCCCUCUUGUCUCAGACCUCCUCCAACAUCUCAGCAAGUGGCAGCACAAAGUCAGCUUGUGACAUAUGAAGAGAGGGCUCAAACUGAAUGUGUCCUUGAGUUGUACCCAGUUGCUGAAACUAAGUUCUUCUGCAGUGCUGGGCUUCACAUUUGAAAGAGACUCAACAAGCUGGCUGUAGGACAGAUAGCUGCAGACAUUGUCUGAAGAGACUGAUGAUUUUAUAAAACUAUAUUUCAAAUUGUGCUUAUGCCCUUUCCUGAUUUGAAUUAGGAGGGGGAACUACUCCAGCCAGAAUGGCCAUGUGGGUCCCACAGCCCUUCCUGGAGGCAGCAGCCAGGGCAGGUACCAUUAAACAGUUUGACCUGGAUUUCCAGCAUGGGGCAUUUUAAGCUCCAUGUACAGUAGAAAGAGUGACCUUUAGUUUUUUCCCUCUUCCUCUAACUGAACAUCUGCUCUAAGCCACUGCAUAUUUUUCAUUAACAUUCUGCACCUGAGUUAGAGCCUCUGUUUCAGAAACAGGCACAGAAGUCUUUCCGAGCUAUGCAGAGCAGAUAGGAAUGCUCUCUAGUCCCAGAGCUGCUUUGAAUGCUGUUGUAGCAUUAAACAAGCUCUUCUUUCAAAAGCAGCAAAAACAAAACCUCUCAUGCUGGUCACAAUCUGCAGGCUGAGUCACAUGACAAGUACUUUGUGAUUAACAAGAAUCUGUUCCCUGGUGUUUCAUUUUCCCUUGGGAUUUAGUAAUGAUGUUUAAUACAUUUGUGCAGGGAAGCUCGCUUCCUUGUACAGCUCUUUAUGUACCUCAGCCCAAAUGUGGAGAAAGAUUUGCCCAGGGCACAGAGAAGCAUAUUCCAGGCAUUGCCAUUUCUGGGCUUCUGAAGAAACUGCUCCUGAAAGUACCAGCUGUACUGAGCUUUUGGCAGGGGGUGGGCCCUUAUCUCUGAAGAGCUGAGUGGACAUCAUGAUGUGUUUCUGCAGAAUAGUUAAAUACAGUAGCUACAUCACAAUUGCCUAUUAUCACUAAGCUAGAAGGGUCACAUUCACCUCCCUCUCUCGUACAACAUCCCAUCUCACUGAUUUCACUGCAGUGAUGAUGGCUCCUCACUAGCCUGCUUGACAGAGGACAGGAAUCUCCUGCUCAGGGGAAGUUGCCAGCAGUGUUGCAGCCACACAAGUGCUCUUGGAGAGGACAACUCAUGGGAGGGCUUUGAAUUGUCAAACUGAAGAAAAUUAGCUUGUCCUAAAUUGACUUUUUGUUUCCUCUACAGAAAGAAGCUGCUGUCUUUAUUGGUUUCUCCUGUCACUGAAUAGGAUGAUCUUUUUUUUUUUUUUUUUUUUACUUCCCUUGACCAGCAGCUACCUGUGAAAGAAACAGCAACAUGAGCUUUAAUGCUGCGUGCUGGAACCAUCAUCAGCAAUCCCUGCUCUGGGAUGUAAUGUAUGGGAAAGCUCAUUCUGUGACAUUUGUGCAACAUCCUGCCCUUUUCCACUAUCAUCAUCCCAAAAAACAUGGGAUUUUUAAAUUUUUAUUUUAUGGGGUUUUUUAACCUAUAUUAUCAUUCCUAAGUGAGGUAAACAUUGCACACCUGCUGAGCAGAUGGUGAUGCAGUGGAGUCCAGAUUUUCAUCCAGGUAGCCUGUUACACUUCCUGCUCUCUUGUAAGGCUGGAUACUGUAAGCUAGUCUCUGAUGGAAGCCAGACUGAUUCUACUCUUCUCCCACCUCAAAGAAAGGAUGGAGAAAGCCUUAGUUCUUUCUUGGCUGGGAUGUGUACCUUUCCUGAGGUGUAGGUAGCUAUUCUGAGUUACAGUUGUGACUUCCUCUAGUGAAGUGUGUGUUAACCUGGGCAGUUUUCCCUUUGCAGUGGCUGUUAUGAGUGAAAGGAGAAGCCCAGUGUUGCUGAGAUUAGGCAGCUGUUGGCAGCUCAAAAGAGAAAAUGCCUGUGCUCACUAAGAUCACCCCUUUUGGCCCCCACCUCUCUGCCUCUUGAAGGUGCUGAUCUGCAGGGUAGUCUCUGUCUUCUGUAUUGUGUCUGGAGAGUGCAGAGCAGCUUGUAUGGCUGCCACUGUGUGUGUGUAACUUUGAGGACAGAGAAACACCAGAGCUCAGUUGCCUGCCUGAUGCCUGCUUGCUUUUUUUUUUUUAUUUAAAAAUCUUUUUAUCUUUGCUACAACUGUAUCUUCGGGGAGGGAAACCAUCAGCACCAGCUUCUGUUGUCACAAGAUGCAUUUAGGUGUGUGACUUCAGACAAACAAGCAAUAAUGAGUAGUUUACUUUUGGAUCACCAGGCUGAGGGAAGCUGCCCAGCAGCCUGACCAGAGAGCACACGCACACCUCUGGCUGCCCUGGGGCUCCCCUGAGCGAGCCCUGGCUGUCAGUGCUGACACCUCAUCAUGAAGCCCUCCCUGACACUGACUGCAAAGCUUGAGCAGUCAGCUUGGGGUACCCCCAGGGCACCCAUUGCAGUGACUUCACUGUUCUCUUACACUGCUGUCUUUAUGACGUUUCCCUGCCCUGAACAGCUCUUACAAAGCAGCACAGCUAAAAUUUUAUUUUCUUAAAUGUCCGCUCUAAGCACAACCAAUUGACAUGCAUUGGGCACAGCUAUCAACAUUUCUGGCUCUUGGUACUGAGGUGGAGAUGUCAGAAACAGAGUAGCAGCUCAGGCCUUUCCUGGAUUGGUCUGCAUGGGAAGAGGCAUGUGUAUGAAACCAGAGUAAAAGGUCAUUUAAAAAAAUGCAAAGUGGUUGCUGAAACCCAGUGUUUCCAAGGAUGCAGUUGGAAGUCACAACAUCUCAUCCCUUUGGCUGCAUAAAGCUGAAUCUAGGCUGCACCUAGUAAUUCCUAGGUUUUUGCCUACUGAGGUUGCUUUUCUACAGAGGGCCAUUUUCUGACAGCUACUGAUAAACAUUAAUUUGAACAUGUGGUCAGCAAACUCCUUGUUUUAUAGUGACGUGACAAAGUUUUAUCGUGAUUGGAUUUUACCGUGAUUUUGACUUUACAGGAGCAGUUCUUGCUCUUUUAAAGUACUUUCUACACAUUGCUACACAUCUCCCUGAAGAGAUCAAAGAUGUUUUUAAUUCACUUUAAAUCUUUGUUGAGUUCAAUUAAAUGUCUGUUAUAAGCUAUUUCUGUUGUGGUUGCAGGUUGAUAAAAUGCAGCCAGGAGAAUGCAUGUGAAUUGCUGCCCCUCAAAAGCAGCACAGCCAAGGGGCUGUAGCAGACUUGUACUUGUUGGAGAGGCAUUGAUGUGUUAUGUGUAACAGAACGUUGGUAUUUUUUGCCAGUACAACUAAAGACACUUGAAUAAUUCCUGUUUGCACUUAAUGCUAUUGUUUAUAUUGCAUGUCACUACAUUUCUAUGCAAAACAAAUAACCUUUUUUUUUUGGGAGGAGGGGCAUCCAGAUAUUUGAUUAAGUAUAAAGAUCUUUGCGAGAUGAUCUAUUUUCGUAUUUAUGAAGGAGUUUUACGUCUUAAUAUUUUGCAGUCUGUAAAUAGCUGAACUUGUAAUUAAAGGCUUAGGAAGAAGUUUGUAGCCUGUGUAUAAUAGUAAGUUAACACUGCCAGAAAAAAAAUCUUUGCGAAACAACUUUUCUAAUAUUGCGGAUAUUUAUGAAUAUGUAAAGAAAGCACGUCUUGUUUUUAUGUUGAUUGACCUUCUGACUUUUUUGAACUAUAGAAAUGGUGUAUGUUUUAUUGGAACUGCAAUAAGAAGUAACCAAAGAUGAAUCCACUUAAAUAUUUUCAUAAUUUUUUUCUUGGUCAGGUUUUGUAAACUUUCCCAACUUGCUUUCAAAAUAAAAAUGAAAUCAAGGCCUGA